AAAUUACAAGAUGUUGUUAUUUUCUAUUCUCUGAAUACGUCAUUUCAUUUCUGUCUAUGUAUCAUUUUCCCGCAAGAUCAAACUCUGAUACGGGAAAUUUAUAAUGAGAGAUGCGACGAAUAGAUUGCGACAAAUUGACGUGCGAGAAAUUGAUUGUGCGACGAAUUGAUUGCGACGAAUUGGAUGCGACAAAUUGACUUGCGACGAAUUGAUCUAGUACCCAAAUCAAAAUUUAUUAGAAGAGUUAAUACGAUUCAUUGAGUUACCACCUAAGAAGAUUAAAGGUAUUGGCAUUGCCAACAGAGAAAUAUUUAAAAAAGAAAAUGGUCGACAAAUCAGUGGAAGUCAUCGUUAUUUAGGAGUUUUAGAAGCAGAUGGAACAUAUAAUAUUUAUAAAAAAUUUAAAGGUGGUCCACUAGACGGUCAAACUUGGUUAAUUUUACGAGUACAAGAUGAAUCUUAUUGUACGACAAAAUUUAUAUUAGAAUAUACCAAAACAAUGGGUGAUAUGCCGAGAAUUCGAGAUGUAGAAGAUCAUUUUUCCCAUGAAAAGAUUCUUGUCUGUCGUGAUCGCAUCCAAAUUAUUUUCAAUCAUUGUCACGAUGCAGUUAACAUUAUCAAUAAAAAAACUAAUAUUGAUUAUGAUGUUACAAUUUUAUCAUCAACAACCAUACAGCAAGAAAAGGAAAACCCUUCUCUGAAUAAAACAACUAGUACUAACGCAAUACAACCACCAAAACAAAGUCAAUCAUUAUCUGCUGCUGUCUUAUUAGAUGAUAUCAGUGAAAUGAAAUCAUCAAAACGAUUAGCUAAACCAGUUAUUAACAAUACUAUAUCACCACAACCAGUGCUCACACUAGUGGCUAAUGAACCACAACAGGAGUGCAACACAACGAAGUGUGGAACACCGUUGGUAAAUCGAUUAUGUAAACGUAAAAUAACAUCAUCGCCACUUACGGAUGUGAAAAAUAAUCGAAAACCUGCUAAAGCUAAUAGCUGCGGAGGUCCUGCCUCGUCAAUCACGUCAAAAAAUCGUCGACGUCAAUAA